AUCAUAAUUUAAUCGAAUCAUCAUCUUUUAGGUCGUAAAUUACUUUUCUGAUACUGUAAUUUCAUUUCAUCAAGCUAUACGCAGUUGUCCCCGAGUUUCACCAAAAAAUUAAUCUCUUGCCCGAAACUAAUAAAAUAGCUUUUUUGGCGAAUUCGUAGGAAGUGUUUACAUUUGUGAAACUCUUGUUUCUUUGACAGAUUAGACAAAAGGUGGUCUUUUUGUCUGCUCAACCCUGGUCGGCUUCCAUUUCCAGUUAAAUGGGUUUUGUCCCGUUAAUGAUAUACACUGCUAGAGGCACGCUUCUCAGCUCCACCCGUAAGCUACGCUAUCCUUUUUCAUUUGAUUCACUGAAACCUCUCGGUCCUCUGUUGAGAAAUCUAAGCACAGCUGCGGAGAGAUUAGGUUUCCUAAACCCUAAUCCGACUGGUACUUCUUCAGAUCACACUGGUGGGUUUCAGCAGGAUUCAUAUGGGCAGAGGUUAAACCCAGAUUAUCCCUCUAUUUCUGGUCAGAAUCCGAGUGGGUUUUAUCAAAGCAGUGAACUUUUUGACCAUAGACAACGAGAUUGGCAAAGUAGUAGUGAUGCUUGUUCCUCUUAUGGUAAUGAGAAUCAGGAGAAUGCAGGUUUUGCUCAGUCACCGAGCCAGAGUUGGGAUUCUCACAACUGUGGACAGCAAGUCCAGUCUGAUAACCACGCAAAUGCACAUUUUCAUCAAGAUUAUAGUGGACUCGACUCAUUGGAUGCGCUUUGCAGAGAAGGUAAUGUGAAAGAAGCAGUUGAUAUCAUCAAAUCGUGGAGAAACGAGGGUUAUUUGGUAGAUUUAGCCAGGCUUUUGUGGCUAGCGCAGCUAUGUGGUGAUGCACAGGCUCUACAAGAAGCCAAUGUUGUUCACGAGUUUAUCACUUCUUCGGUUUCUCGUUCGGAUAUCAGCGCUUACAACUCGGUGAUAGAAAUGUACUCUGGUUGCGAGUCUGUUGAAGAUGCGUUAUCCGUUUUCGAGAGUGUCCCCGAGAAGAACUCGCGGACUUGGUGCGGUAUCAUAAGGUGUUUAGCUAAGAAUGGACACGAAGAGGAGGCCGUUGAUAUGUUCUCUCGUUUUAAAGAAGAAGGGAACAUACCCGACGGAGAGAUAUUCAAAGAGGUCUUCUCUGCGUGCGGUGUUCUCGGUGAUAUUAACGAAGGGCUACUGCAUUUUGAGUCGAUGAACAGAGACUACGGGAUCGUUCCUUCUGUGGAACAUUACGUGAGCAUCGUUAAGAUGUUGGCUGAGCCUGGUUGUUUAGAUGAAGCCUUGAGAUUUGUUGAGUUGGUGGAACCAAACGCUGUUGAGUUAUGGGAAACAUUGAUGAAUCUUGCACGUGUUCACGGGGAUUUGGAGCUCGGUGAACGGUGUCAAGACAUGGUUGAGCAGAUCGAUGCAAGUAGACUGAACAGAGAAUCAAUGACGGGUCUUGUCCCUGUCAAACCAUCAGACGUAGCGAAAGAGAAGCUACAGAGGAUGGCGAGAGGGAGAAAAUUUGGAGGUGAACAAGUUAUGGCGGCUGGAGAUAUAUCUUUUCCAGAGAACAGAGAGUACUACAUGGCGUUGAAGAGCUUAAAAGAGCAUAUGGUGGAACUUGGUUACGUGCCUGAGUCCAAACUUGCGUUGCACGACGUGGACAAGGAGAGCAAAGAUGAAAACCUUUUUAACCACACGGAGAAAUUCGCUUUCGUCUCGUCGUUUCUCAAUACUCCUGCGCGUUCUCCAGUGCGAGUGCUGAAGAAUCUACGUGUUUGUAUUGAUUGCCACAACGCGUUGAAGCUGAUGUCGAAGGUGGUCGGGAGAGUUUUGGUUUCGCGAGAUGUCAAGAGGUUUCACCAUAUGACAGAUGGUGUUUGCUCUUGCAGAGACUAUUGGUAGCGUUUUGCUUUUUUACUUGUCUUCGUUUAGAGAUUAGCGAAACGUUAAACAUGUUUCUUUAUAUACUACGAGCUUUUUUUGGUGUCU